AUGUUAGAUUUUUCAGAUGACUCCUAUUCUUUUUAAAUUUAACCAGUUAAUUAAAGAAAGAAGAAUAUUAAAUUAUUAGUUAAAUUGAUGAAACAUAACAAAAUUGCUAAAUUAAAUCAAUCUAUUAUUACACUUGAUAGAAAUUUUGAUUAACUUUAUGAAAAUUACAAAAAUAUAACAACAUAAACUGAAGAGGUUAUAGAAGUAUAAUAAAUUUUAAGUGCUGUAUAUAAUAAAGGACAUAUUAGUAGAUAAAUACCUAUAGAGAGAAAACUUAAAUUUAAUUAAAAAGUAAAUCAAGAUAAGUUGAGAUAAGAUGAAAGUAUUUAAGAAAGUGAAGAUGAUGAAGUAGAAAUAAAUUAAAAAAUAAAGAAUGAAAUAAAACAGAAAUUAUUAUACUUAAUAAUAAAUUAAGUUCCAUUACCAUUUAUUCUAAAUUUUAUUGAAUUUUAGAAAUAAAAAGAAUAAUUUAUUAAAUUAAAAAUAAAAUGUGAAAAUUCUUUGUUAGAUUCAUUAAAUUUUACAUUAAUAAAAGAUCAUAAAAAUGAAGAAGAAUUAAAUUAAAAUUUGAAAUGUAUACAAAUUAUUAAAAUGAAAGAAUUAUUAAUGAUGAGUUUAGAACAAUUAGAAAAGAGUAAGGAAAAUAUCAUAACUGAAUUAAAUGAAAUGUUUCUUGAUUUAAAAUCAUGUAAAACAUAAUUAAUGAAAAAUUUAGAAUUAUUCUAAUAUUAUGAUGAUAGUUUAGAUCCAUAAAUUAAUAAACUAUUAAGAAUAAUUAAUAAUCUUAUUUUAUACUGUAAAACUAAAUCAUCUAUGAAUGGUUAAUUUAAUAAAUCAAUAUUGAUGCCUAGAAAAAAUGGAUUAAGAUGGUUAUAAAAGAUUAUUAUGUUAAAUUGUUGGGUUUCAUAAAUAUCAUUUCCAGAAAUAUUAAUAUAUAUUUAAAUGAAAGGAGAUUUAGAUAAAAAUAAAUCAAAUCCAAAAAGAUAAUGUGUAAUACAAUUAUCAAAAAAACUUGAUUUCUUAAGAAAAAUAUAUAAUAUACCAGAAGUAAGAAAGAAAUGUUGGGAAUAAAAGGUUGUGUUAAUGGAUCAAAGUAAAAAAACUCCUAGUUAUAUUUUAUAAGAAUACAAUUUGCAUUUACAUUAAUUACAUAAAAAUUUAUUUUAUGAUAAAUUGUAUAUGGACAAUAUGUAAGAUUAUGUUUUAGAAUCAUAAUUAAGAAUGUUAGUUUAAAGAUUUUAACAAUAAAAAUAUUAAAUCUUUGAAGCAUAUUAAGAUUUGAGAUGUCAAAUUAAUAUGAUUCCAAUUAAUAUAUUAUAUAAGGAUUAUUUGGAAUGGUAUAAAUAUGAUAUUGAAUAAUUAUCUAGAUUAGAUUAUAUAAAACAUGCAAAGGAUGUAAUUAUAGUUUGUCUCAUUAAACAUUUAGGUAUGUUAUUAAAAAAGGAAAAUAUUAUAAAAACUGAAUAAGAAAUUAUUAGAUUUAAUUUUGAUAAUAGAUUUUCCUAUUCAAUUUAUAAUAAAGAUAAAGAUUAAAGAGAUAUGUAUUAAUGUAAUAAAUAUUUCUAUAUUAAAAUACUACUUUGUGAUUUUAUAGCAAUGGAUUAACCAUUUCCAUAUUUAUUUAAAUACUUAACUUUAAGAUUAGAAAAAAUAGAAUCAAAUAAUUAAGAAGAUAUUUUGGCUCAAUUAUUAAGUGAAAAAAAUAUUAGAAAUUAUUUGUUAACUAAAUAUAAUUUAAAAAUUGGACUUGAAUAAACAGGUAAUCGAAUAAUCAUUACAAAUAUUCCAUAAUCUUUUGAUGACAUAACAAGAGAAUUAUACUACAUACCAUGGGAAUAUGUUAUAAGUUCUUAGUUAUAAAUAAUAUAUAGAUAUAGAAAUUACUUAAAGAAUGAAAUCUCAUAGAUGAUUACAAGUAAAGAAUUUUAAGAUUAUAGAUCAAAUUUGAAAGUAGAUACAAAAUUAUAUUAAUAAUAAUCAGAGAUUAUAAUAAAAUUGGAAAAUUUUUAGAAAGAUAUCUAAAAAUGA